UCAGCAGGCGGGCCCCCCACCGCCCCGCCUCCCUCAACCGAGGCUCACUCGCGCCCAGCGCCGUCGCUCAGAGAGGCCGCCGGGCCGAGCCGCCCAGCCCUGCCACUGCGCCGGGACCGAUAAGUCCAGAGUCAGGCAACGGCGGGAUGACACUCACUGAUUCUAAAGCAUCUUUAAUCUGCCAGGCAGAAGGGCCUUUGCUGGUCUUUCCUGGACUAUCCCAGAAAGGACAGCCGGUGUCCGAGCAGUAACCAAGCAGGAUGCCCCCUGGGGUUGACUGCCCCAUGGAAUUCUGGACCAAGGAGGAGAAUCAGAACGUGGCGGUUGACUUCCUGCUGCCCACAGGGAUCUACCUGAACUUCCCCGUGUCCCGCAAUGCCAACCUCAGCACCAUCAAGCAGGUGCUGUGGCACCGCGCCCAGUAUGAGCCGCUGUUCCACAUGCUCAGCGACCCCGAGGCCUACGUGUUCACCUGCGUCAACCAGACGGCGGAGCAGCAGGAGCUGGAGGACGAGCAGCGGCGGCUGUGCGAUGUGCAGCCCUUCCUGCCGGUGCUGCGCCUGGUGGCCCGCGAGGGUGACCGUGUGAAGAAGCUCAUCAACUCCCAGAUCAGCCUCCUCAUCGGCAAAGGCCUCCACGAAUUUGACUCCUUGCGCGACCCCGAGGUGAACGACUUCCGUGCCAAGAUGCGCCAGUUCUGCGAGGAGGCGGCGGCCCGCCGGCAGCAGCUGGGCUGGGAGGCCUGGCUGCAGUACAGCUUCCCCCUGCAGCUGGAGCCCUCAGCACCCAGCCUGAGGGCCAGCACCCUGCGGGGCCCCAACCGCGCCCUCCUGGUCAAUGUCAAGUUUGAAGGCAGUGAGGAGAGCUUCACCUUCCAGGUGUCCACCAAGGACAUGCCCCUGGCACUGAUGGCCUGCGCCCUCCGGAAGAAGGCCACGGUAUUCCGGCAGCCCCUGCUGGAGCAGCCCGAGGACUACACGCUGCAAGUGAAUGGGAGGCAUGAGUACCUCUACGGCAGCUACCCCCUCUGCCAGUUCCAGUACAUCUGCAGCUGCCUGCACAGCGGGCAGACCCCUCACCUGACCAUGGUCCACUCCUCCUCCAUCCUCGCCAUGCGGGACGAGCAGAGCAACCCUGCCCCCCAAGUCCAGAAACCUCGCACCAAACCGCCCCCUGUUCCCGUAAAGAAGCUGUCCUCCGUGUCCCUGUGGUCCCUGGAGCAGCCGUUCUGCAUCGAGCUGAUCCAGGGCAGCAAAGUGAACGCAGACGAGCGGAUGAAGCUGGUGGUGCAGGCUGGGCUGUUCCAUGGCAACGAGAUGCUGUGCAAGACGGUGUCCAGUUGCGAGGUCAGCGUGUGCUCGGAGCCCGUGUGGAAGCAGCGGCUGGAGUUCGACAUCAACAUCUGUGACCUGCCUCGCAUGGCCCGGCUCUGCUUCGCCCUCUAUGCCGUCAUCGAGAAGACCAGGAAGGCUCGUGCCACCAAAAAGAAGUCCAAGAAGGCGGACUGCCCCAUCGCCUGGGCCAACCUCAUGCUGUUUGACUACAAGGACCAGCUCAAGACCGGGGAGCGCUGCCUCUACAUGUGGCCGUCCGUCCCAGAUGAGAAAGGGGAGCUACUGAACCCCACGGGUACUGUGCGCAGUAACCCCAACACGGAGAGUGCUGCCGCCCUGGUCAUCUGCCUGCCCGAGGUGGCCCCCCACCCCGUGUACUACCCUGCCCUGGAGAAGAUCCUAGAGCUGGGGCGGCCCGGAGAGCGCGGGCGCUUCACUGAGGAGGAGCAACUGCAGCUGAGGGAAAUCCUGGAGCGGCGGGGGUCUGGGGAGCUAUAUGAGCACGAGAAGGACCUGGUGUGGAAGAUGCGGCAUGAAGUCCAGGAGCACUUCCCGGAGGCGCUGGCCCGACUGCUGCUGGUCACUAAGUGGAACAAGCAUGAGGAUGUGGCCCAGAUGCUCUACCUGUUGUGCUCCUGGCCCGAGCUGCCCGUCCUGAGCGCCCUGGAGCUGCUGGACUUCAGCUUCCCCGACUGCCACGUGGGCUCCUUCGCCAUCAAGUCCCUGCGGAAACUGACGGACGACGAGCUUUUCCAGUACCUGCUGCAGCUGGUGCAGGUUCUCAAGUACGAGUCCUACUUGGACUGCGAGCUGACCAAAUUCUUGCUGGACCGGGCCCUGGCCAACCGCAAGAUCGGCCACUUCCUCUUCUGGCACCUCCGCUCUGAGAUGCACGUCCCGUCAGUGGCCCUGCGCUUUGGCCUCAUCAUGGAGGCCUAUUGCAGGGGCAGCACCCACCACAUGAAAGUGCUGAUGAAGCAGGGGGAAGCACUGAGCAAACUGAAGGCCCUGAACGACUUCGUCAAGGUCAGCUCCCAGAAGACCACCAAGCCCCAGACCAAGGAGCUGAUGCACCUAUGCAUGCGCCAGGAGACCUACCUGGAGGCCCUCUCCCACCUGCAGUCCCCCCUCGACCCCAGCACCCUGCUGGCUGAAGUCUGUGUGGAGCAGUGCACCUUCAUGGACUCCAAGAUGAAGCCGCUGUGGAUCAUGUACAGCAACGAGGAGGCGGGCAGUGAUGGCAGCGUGGGCAUCAUCUUCAAGAACGGGGAUGACCUGCGCCAGGACAUGCUGACUCUGCAGAUGAUCCAGCUCAUGGACAUCCUGUGGAAGCAGGAGGGCCUGGACCUCAGGAUGACCCCCUAUGGCUGCCUCCCCACUGGAGACCGCACGGGCCUCAUUGAAGUGGUGCUUCACUCAGACACCAUCGCCAACAUCCAGCUGAACAAGAGCAACAUGGCGGCCACAGCCGCCUUCAACAAGGAUGCCCUGCUCAACUGGCUCAAGUCCAAGAACCCUGGCGACACCCUGGACCGAGCCAUUGAGGAGUUCACCCUUUCCUGUGCUGGCUACUGUGUGGCCACGUACGUGCUGGGCAUCGGCGACCGGCACAGCGACAACAUCAUGAUCCGCGAGAGCGGGCAGCUGUUCCACAUUGAUUUUGGCCACUUCCUGGGGAAUUUCAAGACCAAGUUUGGAAUCAACCGUGAGCGAGUGCCCUUCAUCCUCACCUAUGACUUUGUCCAUGUGAUUCAGCAGGGAAAGACGAAUAAUAGUGAGAAAUUUGAAAGGUUCCGGGGCUACUGUGAGAGAGCCUACACCAUCCUGCGGCGCCACGGGCUGCUCUUCCUCCACCUCUUUGCCCUGAUGCGGGCGGCAGGCCUGCCUGAGCUCAGCUGCUCCAAAGACAUCCAGUAUCUCAAGGACUCUCUGGCACUGGGAAAGACGGAGGAGGAGGCUCUGAAGCACUUCCGAGUGAAGUUCAACGAAGCCCUCCGGGAGAGCUGGAAAACCAAAGUGAACUGGCUGGCCCACAACGUGUCCAAAGAUAACAGGCAAUAGCGGCCCGUCAGCCCUGGGCCUGAGAUGGGGUACCGUCGGCCAUCCCCAAAGAGCCCUCAAAACCUGAACUGCACCUCAUGGGAAAGAACCCACACAAUUGCCUUUUGUUUACACUGGUUAUUUAUUUAUGACUUGAAAUGUUUAAGGAACUAAACAGCCAUAGACGGAAACGCACCCUCUGUGCGGGGAGAGGCGGCAUGCCGGUGUCCGCAACCUGCCUCGGGCUCUGGCGAGACAGCCGGGCCCCUCGAGGCUGCACCUUGCUCUCAGCUGAGGACUGUCACCUGAGUCUUCCAGCUGGUUGUUCUGGAGCCUGCAAAGACUGCUGUCCUGGGGAGCGUCUUCCCUGGAUCCAGCCAGAGUGUCUGGGACUUGGCCCCCGGCAGGCCCCUGGUGCUGACUGUCCAGACAGCAUGCCUCAUCUCCAGCUCAGCCCUGCCACCUCGUGUGGCCCACCUGCACAGCCUCUACUGACUACGUCCUGGGCAGCUCCCCGAGGAAGCCUGGGUGCCCCAACAUUCAGGGGUGCCUGCUCCUCACUUCCUAGUGACUUGGGUACGAGAAUUUCCUCACCUCUCUGCUAUAAAGUGACUUUGCGGGUAAGAAAAUCAUAGCCAGCCACGUACUGAACCUAGAGGCAGGGAGGCCGGGUCCACACACCGUACAGUAUAAUGCGGGCUGGUCUUCCCGACGCGAGUCUGACUUGGCUCACCCUGGUCACAUGCCACUGCGAAGGCAGGCCAGAGUCCGUGCGGUUACCUGCUGCCUGCCUCCCAAAGCAGGCUUUAAAUAAGGGCUAGGGCCAGAUCCCCAGAUAAUCACCCUGCAGAACCUGGGAGCAACCAGGGAGCAGACACGUGAGCACUAGGGGCUGUGGGGGAGUCUUUCUCUCUAGUAGUUUCUAGUGUGACAUGGUCCAGACCAGGCCUUAGGGCUCUCAAAGGCCUGGAUCUGAGCAGCUUUAGAAAUGCAGGUUUCUGGGUCUAUCCCAACCUUCCAAAGCCCAUUCUAGAGCUGCUAGGAAUCUGGGCUUCUGUUGGGUUGUCGGAAAAGACAUGACAUGUUUUUCUAUGCAAAAAAUGCACCAUGACUUUUCCAGUGACCCGACAGAAGCACAUGGGUGACCCUUAUGUACCGGCAGCUGACUCAGGCUACACCAGGAGACACUGCUGACCUCUCAAAACUCUUCCAAGAUCACCAGAACCAGAAGGAGCUGCCCCUCAGCAGCCCAGGUGCCAAGUCCCAGUUGUCAGGGAUCCAC